CGCCACUACUUGGGUUCUCAGCCCUCACAGCCCAAUGCCCGUGAUCAGAUGACGAGUCGCAUCUCUCCCCGCGAAUCCUACGCGGUAUAAGAUCUCCAUAGGGCUCGUAUUCAACGUCGUGACAACGAAUGUCUGAACGAACACGCCCGAACGGACGUUUUCCAAGAUUCUCUGGUAGGUCAACCAGCAUAGAGGAACGUGAUCGCCCAAGAACAGUGCUUUCCGAUUUGACAGUCAAAUACGGUGGCGCUGUUGGCAGGUUAUUCAUAGAGUCAAGCUCGUAUUUCAUACCGCCUUUCCAGUUCUGUGAUACCCGUGGUUGCCUUUUUCCCCAGAGGCUGAAUGCAGGGAGCUGUCAGCCUUUUACGAACUCUCAGCCCUUUCCGCGGCUAUAAAAUCAUGAUGUAUAUCCCUCGAUAUGACACCUUCAAGCUCAGCUUUGCUUUCCAUCGCUUUCACAUCUACCUAAAUAGUCAAACAUGAGAUUCACACUUCCAACUAUCGCCCUCAUCCUGAGCGGCACUGCCCUUGCUCUUCCUGCCGCGGAGCAGCUCGACAAGCGCGACACAGUUCAAACUGUGCACCUCACCUUCCAUGGCGGCCCGGCCUCUUAUGAGAUGGCCUUCCCUGCUGACGGGACCAUUCACCCGACCAAUCACGACUUCGCGGUCUCCAUCAUCGACGCACCAGACUACCUCGCCCUGAGUGACUGCACCUUCCACACUGCUGGCCAGCAGACCCUCGUUGGCGGCAUGAGCGCCACCGGUGUGCAGCAGGUUAUCAUUGGCCCGCCCCAACCUAUCACUGGCGUGAGCUGUUACGGAACUUGCGUCGGGACUUAUGGCAAGUGCUACGAUAGUAACAACCAGUUUAUUGGCCCCUGCUGCAAUGGGUACUGUGCUGCUACUCUUUGCAGGCCUUGGAUCAACCCCUCCGCCUAAAGUGGAAGCGUCGAAGUGGAAGCAUCGAGGAGGCGUUCUGGGGUCUGGGGUUAGGUUUGAUGUAGAUGUUUCCAUGUUGUGAAUCUUUUCAAGGUCCCGUAAGGGUUGAUCACCUUCCUUUCAGUCUAUUGCGGAGCAAAGUGAGUAGAGUAUGGUCUUUAUAUACAAUGGUAUCUUAUAAUCUAUUUACAUUAAUGACC